AACCGAUUCUGACGGCAUUGCCAAGGCCUGUCGAGGGGAAACAUCGCUGCACGAGCAGAAAGCAUGUAGGCCAAGUAGGCGAAGGAAACGCACGCGAACUGUCUACCGUCUACGUCCACCGAUACAAGACUCUCGCCAUUUCACCUCGUCCCGGAAAGUGUCUGCAAAGGAGACGUAACCACGGUCACUCUGAGGCUCAGCGCCGGGCCCUAUUUACUUCUCCACAGCCGGUUUUCCCCGAAGACUAUAAAAUGCGAACCUCUUCCGGCUGUGGAACAUGGCGGCGCCCACGGUCUCAAUGCCAGGAAGCCUCCCGCCCCUAAACAGCGUGUUCGCUUCUUGCUGGGCCCCAUGGAAGGCAGCGAAGAGAAGGAGCUGACCCUCACAGCCACCAGUGUACCCUCUCUCGUCAACCAUCCACUGGUAUGUGGACCAGCAUUCACCCAUCUCAAGGUUGGCAUGGGACAUCGGCUGGAUGUCCGGGCUUCUGGAGUACUUGUGCUCGGCGUGGGACAUGGAUGCAGGCUCCUCACCGAUAUGUACAAUGCUCAUCUCACCAAGGAUUACACAGUGCGUGGCCUCCUUGGCAAAGCUACAGAUGACUUCUGUGAGGAUGGGAGGCUGGUAGAGAAGACAACCUAUGACCACGUGACCAGAGAGAAGCUGGACCGCAUUCUGGCCAUGAUCCAAGGCUCCCAUCAGAAGGCCCUGGUGAUGUACUCCAACCUCGACCUGAAGACCCAGGAAGCCUAUGAGAUGGCUGUGAGAGGCCUGAUCCGGCCCAUGAACAAGUCCCCAAUGCUGAUAACCGGCAUCCGAUGCCUCCACUUUGCACCUCCGGAAUUCCUCUUAGAGGUGCAGUGCAUGCAUGAGACGCAGAAAGAGCUGCGAAAGUUGGUUCAUGAAAUCGGCCUGGAGCUAAAGACCACUGCUGUCUGCUCCCAAGUGCGGCGCACGCGCGACGGCUUCUUCACGCUCGACAGCGCCCUCCUGAGGACCCAGUGGGACCUGCACAAUAUCCAGGAUGCUAUCCGGGCUGCUGCCCCCCAGGUAGCUUCAGAGCUGGAGAAGAGCUUGGGCCCGCAGCUGGACACCAAGGAGCUCCCCAGUCGGGAAUGGUCCUGGGAAUCCCAGGGCCCGAGCUUUAUCUUGGUGCCGGAGAAGGGUGCAGGGCACUGAAUGCCCAGGCAGCUGCUGGGGCAGUGAAUGGAUAAAUAGAAGAGCUGCUAUGAGCUCGACCUGAUAGCUGUGCAGAAAGUGAGAGCAGGAGCACCUUUUCUACGUGUGACACGAAACUCAAGCUGUAACAGAAAGAUCAAUGGACUUGACCCAACUGAAAAGGAAAAACUUCUGUAUGGAGGAAAAGACAGUAAACAAAUGACAGACUGAUAGAAAGUACUGGCAGGCGAGGCGUGGUGGCGGGCACUUGUAAUCCCAGCUACUCCCAAGGCGGAGGCAGGAGAAUUGCUUGAGCCCAGGAGUUUUAAGGUUGUAGUGCGCUAGACGGUGCCUGUGAAUAGCCACUGCACUCUAGUCUGGGGAACAUAUGAGAUCCCCCCAAAUCUCAAAAAAAAAAAAAAAAUUCCCAAUAAACUAUGUGCCCAUUAAAAUUAAAAAUUUUUUAAAAAUUGU